AACCACUGUCUGCACCGCAGCGAGCAAGCUUUUAUACAUAUCCCUUAAAAAAUUGAUGAGAGAGAAACUAGAGAGAGAAACUAGAUAUCCGAAUUCGGAUCCGAUGUUCGAAGAUCGAAUUGUUUGCGAAAAUGAUGAACAGAUGGAUAUUCACCGAGAUUGACUUUGUUGACUGAUUGAUAGAUCCACAACCAAAAAAGAGUGAAAAUUGAGGGAGUAUCGGAAGAACGCAUUAGUACUUUGGCAAUUGACGGAAGCUAUUUCAUUGAAGUGAUCGGUUUGAAGCGGCAAAGGACUUCCAUAUUGGCAUGGAUAAUUAAAGGGUGUAGAUAUGGUGCAGUGUUCCAGUAGUGUGCCUCAAGUUCAUGAUCGUAAUGUUUCAUUUUGGAUAUGUGAUACUACAUGCCAAGUGUGAAGAGGCAUCUUAAGGCAUGGGCCUAUUAUUUAAGUUUUAUACUCGUGUCCUUGUUGGAUGAGUACAGCUUCCAGAUCCCUCCUGAUACUGAGUGCUACUUAAGCUUUUCCUUUGCUGUUUUCCUAAGAAGCCUAUUCCACUAAAGAUGUAGUCUAUGUCCGCGAAAGCUUAGUCCUAAUUUGGCAGAGCUAAAGUGACUAUCAUAAUGGGUGUGUCAGGAAAAUGGAUUAAAGCAUUGGUUGGUUUAAAGAAAUCAGAGAAGUCACAAUCUUCUGAAAAGGAUGAAAAUAGAAUGGUGGGUACUGGAAAGUUCUGGCACCGGAGAAAGCAUUCUGUUGAGUUUGAUACUGACAUAGUUCAAGAUGAAUUCAAUCAAAAUGCUGCUCCACCAGUUGAAGAUGCUAGCAUCGAUUCAGUCCCAGAUGCCGUUUGCUCCCCUUCUUGUUCACUUACAGUGCAGGAUGCAGCUCAAAUUGAACAGAAUAUGAAAGAAGAAUGGGCAGCUACAUUCAUUCAGACAGCUUUUCGAGGAUUUCUGGCUAGGCGUGCUCUGCGGGCAUUGAAAGGAUUAGUAAGACUUCAAGCCCUUGUAAGGGGUCAUGCUGUGAGAAAACAAGCUGCAAUUACUCUUCGUUGUAUGCAAGCUUUAGUCAGAGUUCAGGCUCGUGUACGCGCUAGGCGUGUCCGUAUGUCCUUGGAAAGUCAGACAGAACAACAGAAACUUCAGCAACAGCUGGAACACGAGGCUCGUGUUCGAGAAAUAGAGGAAGGAUGGUGUGACAGUGUAGGAUCUGUUGAGGAGAUUCAAGCCAAGUUGUUAAAGAGGCAGGAAGCAGCGGCCAAGCGUGAGAGAGCUAUGGCAUAUGCUCUCACUCACCAGUGGCAGGCAGGAUCAAGGCAGCAGGCAGCUCCCUCUAUGUUUGAACCAGAUAAAAGCAACUGGGGCUGGAACUGGUUGGAAAGAUGGAUGGCUGUUCGUCCAUGGGAAAACCGCUUUCUGGACAUUAAUCUCAGAGAUGGAGUAAAGAUUUGUGAGAAUGGAUCCCCUGAUGGAAAGAGUGGUGCCAGGAUGCAGUUAAAAUCUGCCGGAAAGAAACCCACAUCUUCAAACGUUCACUCAAAUCUUUCAAAUCAAAGAACAGGUCCAUCUCAUUCCGAUGGCUCUGGUUCUUCACCUAGCAAGACGUCAAACAUGCAAGAGGCAUCUACCACACUGUUUACCAAGCCAAAAACUAAGCCAUUUGUUGAAGAUUCGAUUGAAGAAGCUACCUCAAUACCCAUUAUCAGUUUAAGAUCACACAGCAAUCCUAAAGAGAGAUCCACACAUCCUGAUAAACAGGCAAAGAAGCGAUUCUCUCUGCCUAAUAACAGGCAAGGUGUUGGGGCCGAAACAACCAAGCCGCUUGGUAGAACUGCUCUCAAAAGGACACCUCCUAGUUCACAGAAGACUACGAGGGAUAAAUCCAAGCUUAACGGGAAUCCUCUGUACCCUUCGAAACCUCUUCCAGAGGCCAUUGAUAUGUAGCCUCAAGAUUCUCAUGGAAGAUCUUAUUCACGGAAGUGAUGCUUUCAGUUUGUAUAUAUAGGCCCUUCUUGUCUUGCUAGGAGAUGCAACGACAUUGCUUCUGUACCUGUCUUCUCUGGUGGUGCCACCAUGGCAGAGUUGAGGAGGACACAGGCUCGCUGUUACGGAAAUAAGGUUAUCAGGAUUUGAUUAGGAUGUUGUAAUCACUGCUUGUUGGAAUGCCAAGCUUGUAUCAUUGCAGUCUAUUGUGGAUAUUUCUAUUUUGUUGUUGACAAUUGUGAAUUGUUGUCCGUAUUUAUUGUUGAACGCUGUGAAUUGCGCGUGGUCGAUCACCCAUGAAAGGAAGCUGGUAAAAGGAACAAAGCCUGGGAGAGAAAUGUAGUACACAGCGUUUACUGUAACAAUGUAGAAAUAAUGUUCACUUUUUUUUUUCUGUGCUUAUAAGAUUUUUAUCGAAAAUGUUUUA